CAUUAAAUAGAGUUUGAGUUUGUUGAGCUCAAUGCAAAUGCAAGACUCCUAUUUCAGUUUCACUUUUGCAAACGAAUCAGGAAACAAAAGCAGCAUAUUCGAUCUUACGAGCCUGUGAAGUUUAAGAUCAUGUUUUUUCAUAAAGUGUAAACAAUCGAAGGUUUAAUGAUAAGUGAUUAUGGAAAACCGACAUGACGAGAAUGCUGUAAACCAUUCCACCACUCUGACGAAUAAACAGCGUGGGAAUGAGGUCACAGUCCGACCGGCCACUUUAGACAACCUCUCAAUUCAUCAGCUGGCAGCCCAUGGAGAGAUUUCACAACUGGAGGUACAUUUAUCCAAAGACAGCUCUCUGCUUAACAGUCAAGAUGAGCGAGGUUUCACACCACUAAUGUGGGCUGCUGCAUUUGGAGAGAUAAUGAUGGUGGAGUUCCUCCUUCAGAAGGGAGCAGAUCCGAGAACACUGGCUCGGGAACGAGAAAGUGCCCUGUCUUUGGCCAGCGCAGGGGGAUUUGCAGACAUUGUUAAUAUUCUCCUACAACAUGGCAUUGAUAUCGAUUCCUAUGACUGGAAUGGUGGGACCCCUCUUCUGUAUGCAGUUCGUGGGAAUCACAUAAAAUGUGUUGAAGCUCUCUUGAGAUGUGGGGCAGAUAUCACAUUUGAGGCAGACUCUGGCUACAGUCCUGUUGCUCUCGCUGUUGCAUUGGGCCACAAAAAAGUGCAAAAACUGCUUGAAGAUCACAUUUUGAAGCUGUUUCGGGGACCAGUUUCAGUGUCUGACAACACAUGAAGCAGAGGACUGCUCUUA